CGCUCCGACUCGACACUCAGGUGGAGGAUGGAGACGAAACUGGGCAACAAGUUCAAGAAUGUCACAAAGUACGUGUUGUAUUCCUAUGUCGGCAACUGGGACCCGUUGUACCGCAUGCCUCCGCGAAGGGGAAGCUACUGGUUUCCGACACAUGCGGCCAAGGACCAGCAACCAAGUCCGGGGUUUCGUAGAGGAGGUUGGUAUCUCAAACAAGUUUCCGGCCUUGGACGAGGCGAAUUGAGGCGUCAGCGCCCUCGUACUGUGUAAACGUCCGUCUUAUUGUUGCAGCUGUACAAAAAGCACGAGCAAAGGGCUAGCAAGGACCGUAGUAAAGACCGGCGAGCGCGCAGGCAGCUCGGACGCCUCGCCAUGCCAAGGUGUGGAGGACUGCUCCUGAAUCACAAACGCACUUGAGGCGUCGAUGGCUCGAUAGGUUCUGCACUUCGCCUGAGGAAGGGGAGGCUUUGCUGGAUGGUGUGGAUAUCACGGGAUGCGUUUUGGUCAUGUGCGGUGGGCCCACGGACGCCGUCGCGACCCGUCUUCGAUCCGCGUGCGAGAUACGCACGAAGGACGUGAGCUCGGGGCGUCCAGCGGAUACCAACCUUGACGCAAGCUUGGAAUCAUUCCCGGAAGACUUUCUCGCAGCUUACUCCGGGAAAAGGCCUGAGUGGGUGGUGACGAGCCCUCCGUACAGCAGGGCUCUGACUUUUGUCAAGGCCGCCAUGCGUGGCAUUCAAAAUGCCCAUUUCUUUACUGCAACCUUGCGACGACCGGGGUGGUUGACUGCAAACGAACCCCCCGUCUGUGUGUUUGUUUCUACGCAGAGAAAAACACGCAUGCGAACAAUGCGAAGAUGGGCGAAUUCUGGGGUGUGUGGUAUACUCAGGAAGUGA